AUGGCCACCGCCGUCCCUAACGGCCAUGCUAAUGCGACCCAGCCCGCCGAUGCGGCCGAAGAACGCAGACGAGUUCACCACGACGCCGAUGUUGUGAUCGUGGGCGCCGGAGUGCUAGGAUGUGCGCUUGCAGUUACACUGGGAAAACAGGGCCGGAGCGUCCUACUGCUGGAAGCCUCUAUGAAGGAGCCGGAUCGCAUCGUCGGCGAGCUCUUGCAGCCCGGCGGUGUCCAGGCCCUGGAGCGGUUAGGCCUGGCAGAGUGUCUAGAGGGAAUCGACUCAAUCCCCUCGUACGGUUUCUAUGUGUCUUAUUUCGACCGAUCCGUGACCAUGCCUUACCCCAAGGAAACCCCGUCGUCGCCACCUCCGCGCGGCCGCUCCUUUCACCACGGACGGUUUAUCAUGAAGCUACGGGAAGCAGCUCUGGCCUGCCCCAAUGUUACUGUCGUGGAGACCAAGGCGACGGACCUGAUCACUUGCUCGCAUACCAAGCAGGUUCUUGGUGUGGAGUGCCAAACCAAGGGGAAAAAGGAUUGUUAUUUUGGGCACCUCACCGUCGUCGCCGACGGCUACGCUUCCAAGUUCCGGAAACAAUACCACUCCAAUACUCCGACGGUCAAGUCCCGAUUCUGGGCUCUCGAACUAAUUGACACGAAACUCCCUGGACCUAACCACGGACACGUCCUCUUAAGUGCAAAUCCCCCGAUCCUCCUCUACCAGAUUGGCACCCACGAGACCCGGAUCUUGGUGGACAUCCCAGAGAACCUCCCAUCUGCGUCGGUCAAGAAUGGUGGUGUCAAGAAUCACCUGUGGAACGUGACCCUACCAUCUCUCCCCGAGUCUGUCCAGCCAGCCUUCCGCGCCGCACUGGAGAAGGGCCCGUUGAGGUCUAUGCCGAACUCAUUCCUUCCCGCCGCACAGAACAAGACCCCGGGGCUGGUGAUACUGGGCGAUGCGCUGAACAUGCGGCAUCCGUUGACCGGUGGCGGCAUGACUGUGGCCUUCAACGAUGUACUUGUGUUCCGGGAUCUGCUGAGUCCCGAAAAGGUCCCCGAUUUUGCAGACACCGACAGGGUGUUGAAGCAGCUGAAGUCCUUCCACUGGAAGCGGAAGAACGGAUCCUCUGUCAUUAACAUCCUGGCCAUGGCGUUGUACGCCUUGUUCUCUGCCAAUGAUGAAAACCUUCGCGUCCUCCAGCGAGGUUGCUUCCACUACUUCGAUAUGGGCAUGUACUCCGAGCCAAUGGGGCUCUUGGGCGGCCUUAUCAAAAAGCCCUUUGUACUAUUCUACCAUUUCUUCACUGUCGCGUUCCUCUCCCUCUGGGUGCUUCUCCGUGAGGCUCCUCUGUACCAGCUUCCCUGGUCACUAAUCAGAUGCGUGAUGGUAUUCUGGACAGCUUGUGUUGUUAUAUUCCCCUACAUGCUCAUUGAAGCAUUCUGUUAG